AUGCAUCAGGUGGUCGUACCCAAGAAGUCGGGGAUUCACCGUUUCGCUUGUUUGGCGCUCUAUAGAGCGCUCCUCCGACAAUGCUCCAAGUCAGCCAGCGACAAUAACGCCCCAUGGGCUCGCCCGACCAAAACUCUCGUCAGACAACGAUUCCGAAAAUACAAAAACCUCCAGAGUCCAUCGCAAGUACAAAAUGCUUUGAACGCUGGCUAUAAGACAUUUGACCUACUUGAAUCGGCUUCGAGAGGGAACGCCGAUGAUGCGCAGAAGAUCACAGAUAUCCUUGCUCAAGCUAAAGCUGCCAAGGUGGAAAAGGCAGCCAGACUAAAAGAGUACACUGAACUCAAGCCCGUACCGCCUCUCUCCCGUUUAAAGCUCCGAAAGCAAAAGUCAAUUCAAGCUCAGGAAGCCACUCAGCGCCGACAUCCAAAUGCCACACCGGUCCUUGAUCGUCCGCACCGAGUAAUUUCUGGCAAACGCAGGGUCCCUUUCCUUGUGAAUGCCCGCGGUGUACCCUUCUUGCGCUUCAAGAAACCACAGCCUCGGAAUCUCAGCGGUGUCAUCCGUAAUCUACUUGCCAAGCGCUGGCGCAAGCUCGAGACGCGCACUCGAUUGUCGGAAGAGGUUCUUUUCGCCGAAGAUGAAGAAGCAUGGGAUCGGUUGACAUUACCUACCUCGUCUAAGUCUGAAGAACCCUCUUGGUCGACGGCUAUCCAUACUUCAAUUCAAGAACUCAACCACGCGAUUCGAGUGUGGGAUGAGAGGAGAGGUGCUAUGGCUGAGAAAAUGUGGAAUGUCGUACUGCAGGAGCGGGAGUUGGCAGAGAAAGAAGAAAAGCAAAGACAAGCCGAAGAGCAAAAUCAAGUUGAUCCUAAGAACCCAACAGGGGGCAUUCCUCCUGAACAGCAAACAAACGGCUCCGGAAAGCAGAGAAAUGCCGCUGCGAAGAGCCCGAACCAAGCUGAGGCUGAAACUUUCUCGAAAAAAGCAUGA